AUGGGUGGAGGCGGCAAGAUCCCGUAUCCCAAGGAAGUCUGGUCUCCCGCGGGUGGCUGGUACGCUCAGCCCGCAAACUGGAGGGUCAACACGGCCAUCAUUGGCGCCGCUGUCCUUGGAGUUGUCGCUGUGACCUGGAGCAUCAGUGCCGACCGUGAGCACCGUGACAAGAUGCCCGAACCCGGCAGAUUCUUCCCCAGUCGCUACUGGAGCCGGGAAAUCAGAGAACACGAAAAGCAGCUGGCCGCCCAGAACCGGUCAUAG